AGCAACUUUGUAGCCAAGCAAGCCUCCCUUCCUCUUCCACCUCUGUCAACCAGCACUGCAACGACAGUGCAACAUCGCAUUAAUUUCAUCGAAACUUAUAUUCUAUUUAGAUGACAUCUGUGUGCAACUGAAAUGGAAAUACAGGAUCCUUGUGAAAAUGGUCCCGCUCUUCUGCUGCCUUCUCUGCGUCUCUUCAUACCGCCCCUGCGGCUUGUGUCUGCUGCGUUAUGGCAAGUGGUUCAGCGAAAAGACAUCCUUGACUAUGGGAUGUUGGAGGAAUUUGUGUCCACGGUGACAGAGAUUGUGCCGGAGCUUUUGAGAUGCGAUCAGAGAGCUCAACUCCUGCUUGGACUUCGGACAAGGCUGGUUCUCGAGUUAUGUCGCUCAGCAGAGAUUGCAGACCUUUCAAGCAUUCAGCUGCACCUGGCCAGGAUCCGGACCCUUAUAUCUGCUUGGGAAGUAGAUUCGCAGAUAUGUGAUGCAGAGGUGGACUUUCCUCAGUCCACCUUUGUGGAUCUGGUGGAAUCUUUGUUGAAAGACCCGACAGAGAGGGACAACUUCUACCAGGAUGUAUUUCCAGUGGAUUUUGGCCCAGCGUUUGACAGCGCUUUACAGAUGCUCAUGUUUGAAUUUCUGUCAAGACUUGAGAAGUUUGUACCGGUGCCAGACCUUCAAGAGACCGCAUCCAUGCUCAAUGCCGUCCCCUCUGUCCUGGAGGAAUGUGUAAACUCUGUACCUGAUCCCCAGCAACUGAAAACUCUGCUUGAGUACCAGAAACAAACUGGGCAUCUGGACUUCAUUGAAUUAACAGAUUCCUUGCCGCCUUCCUUUGGUGACAACAUCUUCUCCUCUCUGUCUCUCCCUCCGUUGGUGAAGGUGGUGAUUGACACAGAACAAGUGGAGUUGGAGUCACAAGCAGAAUCGCUUCAUGAUUGUAUGAGUGUAGAGGUUGAGGGGGAAUCUGUGACAUUGUUAGGCUAUUCAGGGAUGGAGCAGCAGUCUGGUGAGGGUGGGGAAGAUGACAAGGAGCAUUCCAUGGACAUAAAGCCUGAGGGUGAAGACAUGGACAAUCAAGAUGACUCCGACUUUGCAAAGCCAGCCCCCUUUCAGCCUUUGAAACAAAGUAAACGGUUACAGUUGAAGAGAAAAGCGUUACAGGCACGGAAACAAUCCAAGGUGGCUGUCACCAAACGUGCGCCAAAGAGGGCAAGGAGGAAAUUUCUCAACAACAGUAAGACUUGUCCCAUUUGUUGCAAGGUGUUCCCAAGGGCCACCGCCAUGAGGAGACAUCAGGAAAUUCACUCUGAAGAUCGCCAGCUUAGGUACAAGUGCCCCAAAUGUGAUAAAUGCUUCAGGGAUCAGUAUGAUAUGAAGAGACACCAGAUGCGUGUUCAUGAGCGGGAAGAUCAGGACCCUUCACUUUCAGGUUCUUUGAAAGAAAGCCCACAACCCUCAACCAGCAAACUCCGGACUAUAAUGCCCAAGGCUUCGCCUCAGAAAGAAACACUGGACAGCAAAACCUGCUCUGUGUGUGAAAGGUAUUUCGCACGUGCUUCCGAUAUGGCUAGGCACAUGAGGUCUCAUUCGCAAGAGCGUCCACAUCAGUGUGAACAUUGUGCGAAGAGGUUUAAAUAUUCUUAUGAUCUGAAGAAGCAUCAGAGAGAGUUGUGCAAGAUGAUCACCAAUGCCAACGAAAUAGGAAGCAGUAGGCCUGCUGCCAGUGGGGAAACUCAGAUUGGUAACGCAUCUCUCCAAAGCUCCUUAGACAUCAAAACCUGCCCCGUCUGCUGUAAGAUUUUGCCUUGCACCGCGGACAUGGCAAAACACCUGCGAGCGCAUACAGACGAACGCCCCUACCGUUGUGUCACUUGUGACAAAGGGUUUAAGUACAGAGAUACCCUAAAGAAACAUCAAGAAAUUGUUGGCCACGAGGGUGUUCAUGAGGAUCCCUGUCAAAGCUUCGAGGAGCUAUUAGCCGAACUCACCCAAAAAAAGAACGAUGAAAAUCUUGCAAAGGAAAACAAGACCGGACCUCAAAACACACUGAGUAUACCAGAACAAGCGGUUACAAAGAACUCUGCUUCAAAGACAUGCAAAGUUUGUGGAAGGAUAUUUACUCGAGCUAAAGACGUAGCCAGACAUAUGCUAUCUCAUUCAGAAGAACGGCCUUACCAGUGCUUCAGUUGCAAGAAAGAGUUCAAGUACUUGCAUAGCUUGAAACGACACCAGAUAUAUAUUUGUCGUAAGCAAAAUUCUCACAUGGCAUCACUGAGAGCAAGUCAAAACGAACUUGAAUCUGUGAAAACCCUGGCUAUUGGCCAACAUCUACAGAGCUCAUCGGGUACGGAGCAAGAAGGCAAUGAAUUGCUGGCUAUGGAGCGGAAUUCUCUGACGGUAGAAGGGGGUGUCGAUCCAUUGGUGUCAAAUGAAACAAUGGCAAUUCAGGAAAUGAACAUCGAAGCUUCCUCGAGUGCCUUGUCUUCCCUCACCAUACCGUGUUGGUGUUCAAACUGUGGCAAGAGCUUUGAUCAUAUCUCUGCUUUGAAGGAGCACCAGGAGACGGUUUGCAAAAUGCAGGAGAAGGAAAUCUUCAAGUGUGACGACUGUGGGAAAGACUUCCGAAGCGCGUCCUUCUUGAAAAUUCACCAGAGGACACACAAUCCGUUCUACUGCACUGAAUGUGGAAGGAUCCUCGCAGACGCGGCUGGCCUAGAGAGACACAAAUUCAUGCACAAGAAAGUCCAGUGCACCAUGUGUGAGAAGACCUUCACCGUGCUAAAACACCUGAGAGAGCAUUACCUGCAUCAACAUAAAUUUACAGGGCCGUACCCUUGCUCUCAAUGUGACAAGACCUUCACCCAGUUGUCAUACCUAGUUGUCCACGAGAGAGUCCACACGGGAGAGUUUCCCUUCCAGUGCACGGAGUGUCCGGAGAAAUUCAGAGCGUCAAACUGUCUCACGGUUCACAUGAGGAAGCACACAGGGGAGAAGCCGUUCCUGUGCUGGCAGUGCGGGAAGAGCUACACGUCCGCCUCACAGCUGUCGGUGCACGUGGGAACUCAUUCAGACGAGAAGCCCUUUGCCUGCUCGCAGUGUGACAUGGCUUACAGAACAAAACUUCAGCUGACUUCACACAUUGAACAGAUUCACAUCGGCGUGCGGUUCCCCUGUGAACACUGUGGGAAACAGUUCAUGAAGGAGGUCUCCUUAAAAAGACAUGAACUUAUUCACACAGGAGAAAGGCCGUACCCAUGCACCGAUUGCACUAAAACAUUCCUCACAGCCAAUGAAUUGAGGCUGCAUACGAGAUACCACACCGGCGAGCGUCCCUACAAGUGUGAAUAUUGUGGGAAGGCUUUCAUUCAGUCAGGCUACCUGAAGUCCCACAAGCGCAUCCACACUGGAGAGAAGCCAUUCAAAUGUGACAUUUGUGAGAAAGGGUUUAGAUUAUCCUGUCAUAUGAAAAAACACAGACAGACACAUUCAGGAGGAGAGAAGCACUUUGAGUGUGGGGUGUGUGGGUUAUAUUUUACUCACAGAAAAUACCUGAAGGAGCAUGAAUUCACACAUGAGACAAAGCAAAGUUAGGUUGUCAAGCAUCUGAUUUAGUGGCAUUUUUACUUUGUGGUCCAUGGUGGUUUGGUUUUGGGUCCUUCUUUUUUUUCUUUUUUUUACAUAAAAAUGUUCUUUCAUGGGGUAAUUGGUAACAAGUUUAUUCUUGAUCUGUACUUGGUGACUAUUGUUUUGAAUAAGUUGUGACGUGUGUUCAUAGUGUAUGCAGCUUUCUUUCUUUUUUUCUUUUAAAUAAAUGAUUCUUAGCAAACAUAUAAAAGUGGUCUGUGUUUGACUGAAGAAUUUAGAAGAAUAUGUUGUCACCAUGGCAUCUCUGCUAAAACUCUUUUAGUAAUUAGCGCUUAUUUGCGGUCUUGUCACUAAAACGUAUCCGUUUAAUCCAUAUACGUUUGGAAAUUACUUUGAAGGGAAUUGGUCCGGAAAUGGAAGCAUCCAACUCCUGAAUGUAAAGAAUAUUUGAAAUCUGAAAGUUUAUGAAGUUCAAGUAUGGAAAACGCAUCUUCCAAACACGGCUUUCUGUAGUAAUUUGUAUUGUUUGACUGACUUGAAUUUGAAAUCAAAUAAAAAACGAUA